AUGCUGCACAACCAGAGCGUGAAGUUGCUGAAAAAGUUCGACACCUACAUCGACGGCCUGAUCACCAAAAAGAUCAGCGAUUCUGUUUUGCUCGUAAAAUCGGUCAUCGAAGAUGACUACUUGGCAGAGCCAACCACUUGGUACGUUUUUACGCGCGAGGAACAAGGAUCAGUGAUCGAAAACGACGAAACACUGAUUGAGGAUCAUCAGACUGAGGAGGAUGGUCUUCCAAACGGUACAUUGACUGCGUCCUCACCGAUGCCGUGUUCAGACGAGGUCGCCGGCGAGAACCAUGAAACCAUGCAACCAGCCACGUCCGAUGAAUCGCCGACUAGCGAUCGGUCAGCCUGA